AUGUCGCCAUAUUUCCAAGAUAUGUUGGAUGGUGUUGCUGGUAUUGGACCUGGUUACAAGGGGCCUUCUUAUGAUAAGUUAAGGGUUCAUUUGUUGGCUGAUCUUAAAAGAGAAAGUCAAAUGCUAGUUGAUAGUUAUAGGAGUGCAUGGAAGGAAACUGGAUGUACCCUCAUGGCUGAUGGUUGGACAGAUCAAAGACAAAGAACGUUAAUCAAUUUCUUGGUGUAUUGUUCUAAAGCCAAUUAUGUUGCUGCUGGUAGGCUUAUCAAUAGAAAAUAUGAUAAUAUCUAUUGGUCACCAUGUGCUGCUCAUUGCCUUAAUCUUAUUUUAAAAGAUAUAAGCAGCAUGGCGCAUAUUUCUAACCUUGCAACUCGUGCUUCAAAGAUCACAGUAUUUGUGUACAAUCAUACGGUUUUCUUAUCUUGGCUAAGAGAAAGACCUAAGUGGAGAGAAAUUGUACGUCCUGGUGCAACCCGGUUUGCAACUGUGUUUAUUACAUUGAAGAGCAUCUUUGACCGUAAAAAGGAGUUGCAACAAUUGGUUGUAGAUUCAAUUUUCACUGAUCAUAAAUUAGGAAGGAGUGCUACUGGUAGAGCUGUGAGUGCUAUUAUUCUGGAUGCAAAAUUUUGGGACAAUUGCUUUACUGUAUGUAAACUUGUGAGCCCUCUGAUUUACUUGCUGAGGGUUGUUGAUGCUGAUGACCCCCCAUCUUUGGGGUAUGUUUAUGAAGGAAUGUUAAGGGCAGAAGAUGCAAUUAAGGAGAUGUUUAGGCAAUCCAAGACUGCAUAUCAGCCAUGUUGGGAUUUAAUAUUUACAUAUGCUUUUAUUACUAUUUAA